AGGAGGGUGCAUGCAUGUGACCAGGAGCUGGGAAAAGCGAACCCUGAAGGUAGAUGGGAGGGCCCUAGACCUGGCGGGAAGUGGAGCUCUGUGUUGGACAUAUUACGUCUGCCAGGGUAAUUCCUGCUCAGCACCAGCGCCAAGGGAGUCCUGGCAGGAAACAGGCAGCAUUAUGUGGAGACGCUGGCUCGCUCUGGCGCUGCUGGCGGCCGCCUGGGUCCGCGCGGAGGAAGAAAUAAGAAGCAAAUCUAAGGUUUGUGCCAAUGUGUUCUGCGGAGCUGGCCGGGAGUGUGCAGUCACAGAGAAAGGAGAGCCCACCUGCCUUUGCAUCGAGCAAUGCAAACCUCACAAGAGGCCUGUGUGUGGCAGUAACGGCAAGACCUACCUCAACCACUGUGAGCUGCAUCGAGAUGCCUGCCUUACUGGAUCCAAAAUUCAGGUUGAUUAUGACGGACACUGCAAAGAGAAGAAAUCCGUAAGUCCUUCUGCCAGUCCAGUCGUUUGCUAUCAGGCCAACCGUGAUGAGCUCCGGCGUCGCAUCAUUCAGUGGCUGGAAGCCGAGAUCAUUCCAGAUGGCUGGUUCUCUAAAGGCAGCAACUACAGUGAAAUCCUAGACAAGUACUUUAAGCACUUUGAUAAUGGUGACUCGCGCCUGGACUCCAGUGAAUUCCUGAAAUUUGUGGAGCAGAAUGAAACUGCCAUCAACAUCACCACCUAUGCAGACCAGGAGAACAACAAGCUGCUACGGGGACUGUGUGUUGAUGCUCUCAUUGAACUGUCUGAUGAAAACGCUGAUUGGAAACUCAGCUUCCAAGAAUUCCUCAAGUGCCUCAAUCCAUCCUUCAACCCUCCUGAGAAGAAAUGUGCUCUGGAGGAUGAAACGUACGCAGAUGGAGCUGAGACUGAGGUGGACUGUAACCGCUGUGUCUGUGCCUGUGGAAACUGGGUGUGCACAGCCCUGACCUGUGAUGGAAAGAAUCAGAAGGGGGCCCAGACCCAAACAGAGGAAGAAAUGACCCGAUAUGUCCAAGAGCUUCAAAAGCACCAGGACACAGCUGUAAAAACCAAGAGGGUGAGCGCCAAAGAAGUCUAAGAGGCACACAGGAAGAGUGUCUGGAGUGCAGCACCUUCUCUUCCCCUCAGCGCGGAGUCCAGUAUACCAAGUGUCUGCCACAAUCACCAAAUCACCAGUAUUUGCUUGUAUAGCAACAGAUUUCACUUUGUUUAUUUGUUUUGCAAUAAUGGGGUAGCUGGUAGGAGGGGAUGGGCCAUGGCCUUCAUUUCUAGGAGAGCUUUGAGAAAAACUGUAAAUGAUGCUCUGGGGCUGGAGGCAAGUAAGGAAGCUGCAUCGGUUUAGGAGAGGGCAGACCCAGAGACGAAGCCGCUCUGCAGUCCCAGCAGCUGUGAGCAGCUGUAGGGCAUGAAUGCAAUGCCAGAAGGCUGGGCAGGGAGUCCCCGGAGAAGGGAAGGGAAGGCUCAGACCCAGAUAUGACGCCUCUCUGAGGUCACGGACCACAUUCUGCUUCCGACCUUGUUGUCACUGCUGUCAGCAUGGCAGAUGCCCAACAUUUGCUUCUCCUCUUGGUCCUGGCCACUUCCUCUAGACACAACCAUCCUGCUAGUGACCCCCAUCCCUGAGACUUGGAUGGAGUUUCCAAGAGGGUGUGCCCAAAUGAUGCAGAUACUUGGAUACUUUGAGCCCUAUAGAGAUCUAACCAAACUUUUAAAGUAUGUGUUACCAAAGGUGCUACUUCUCUGUAAAACACUUCUUUUCUUUUUUGGUAAGUUGACUUUGUUUUUCGAUUAUUAUCAUUAUACUGUUGUGGUUUUAUGUUGUAUUUUCUUGACUAGGUAUUAAGCUUUUAUAAUUAUUUUUUCAGUAGUUCUACCAUUUCUGAGGUGGAGAGUUUGGAGUUCUUCCUGAUGCAGGGAUCUCUAUAAUCCAGACACCCCUGAGCCUCCCACAGGCUAGACUAGAUGCAACCCAAAGUGACCCCUUGGUUUCUAGCAGGGCAGCUGUGUGCCAAGGGGGGAGCGAGGACUUGGACAGAAGCCAGAGGAAGAGGAAGCAUUUCUUGUAAGACUUCCUUCAAGAGCUGAGAAGUUAAGUUGUGCUCAUUUACUCUGAGAUGGUCAGUUAAAUCACUGUUCCAAAGGAUGGAGGCUUAGCAUGUCGCAGCCUAGCAAUCUGCUCAUUGAUCUGCCAGUAACGUUGGCAGAGUGAUUUUAAGCAGUGAAAUGCAUUAAACUUUUGAUUUGAUAAAUUAUAAAUUUUGUGAUUCUGGCAGUUUUCCACAGGAUGACAGGUUCCUGUGAAUUUUGUCCUUCUCCUUAGGAUAAAUGAAACUUUAUUAUAAUAAGAAAAGUCAUGUAGCCGAAAAAUAAGAUAGCCAAGUUUAACCUCAGUCUGAGUGAGCUUUUGUGCUGAUAUUGGAGGCCUUGCUGGGAAAGCCAGCCCAAGAGAGGGUGAGGGAACCAUGCAUGUCUUCAACCAUACAUGUCAUGUGCAACUAGUUGGUGGCUGAAAGACCUUUCUCUUUAGCACUGAGGCCAAAAGAAAGUUUCAGAUUCAAGAGGAGUAAACAAUGGAGACUGAGUCUGUAAACUGAGCCAUGGACAAGUUAGUUAUUUGCAAUUAUACUCGUGUCUUUUGGCUCCUGAUCAUUAAAAGUCAUUACCAUGUUUCAGAUACAUUUGUCAUAACAAAGAUCAAAAACUUGAUUUCACUUGGAAAAAUCAAGAUACAGAUCUUCAAAGAGAAAGUAUUUAGAUGGUACUGCACAGACAACAGAAAUUUGUGCCAGAAAAGGAAUUCCUUCUAGUUUUCCUGGUUCUCAUCUGAAUGGAGAAAACUUCACUUUGGUUAGUUAGAAUUCUGAACUUUUAUGUAUCAUCCUAUUUUUAAGAAGCUCUCUUUGAACCCGUGUGCAGUCUGAAAUGCAGCUCCCUGUCCAAGUGCCUUGGAGAACCCACAGCAGCAUGCCUUAAUCAAAGGAAGUUUUGCCAGCUCUUGGACACCAUGGGAGAGGGCAAGAGUACCAGUUUGUUGAAAGCAAGAAGCUACAAUGUCUUUUCACUGGUCACAUUUAGAACAGCAAUUACCAUCCAAGACUCUGUCCCACCCUGCAACACUGAAUUCCCAAGAGCAGAGCCACAUUCCUCUUGAGUCUGCUGCUUCUGUGUAAAUAGGGCAGCUGCUGCCUGCACCAUAGGAUCAAGUGAUAUGAGGGCCAUUCAUGGAAAGCUGCUAAAUAGCCUAGUUUAGGGAGUUUUGCAUAGAGCUUUGCAUGGAGCAAACAAGCACGAUUAAAUCAGGUUCAGUUCCUUUAGCUUUUGAAAAUCAUAUAGGACAUAGACCGUGAACUUCCUAGGCUUUCUCUAUGUGUAUGGUUUUAUAAACAUACAGUGUCUGUUCAGAUCCAGGGUCCAUGGAAACCUUCUGGAUACUAUUACUAUUUUUGAAAAACAGGGCUCCUCCACCUGCUAAUAAGUGCAUCUGAACCAGUCUGAAUGUCUUUACAUCUAUGGUUUAAAUAGUCACACUUCAGGAAACAAUUUGAACAGGUUUCUAUGACCUGUGUGUUUGAAAAAAUAUUAUCUGUAUUUAGUAUGCUUCCAUACUGCAUUUAACUUGUUUUUGUAACUCCUGAUUUUUUUGGUUACUAUUGAUAAAUAAAAUAAAAUGAGACUUUUA